CUGAGCUGUGUCGAUCUGUGCUGACAACAAGACACUGUAGGAGAGCAAGAGAGCAGAAGGGUGUACCUCUCUGUGCACAGACUCUGAACUGUGGAUUUUAUCCUGGAGCUGACAAGACUUCCUAUCUUUAGGGACUCUGGAUGAAUGAUCUAAACAACUUCUUACUUCUACAAUUUUUUAUUCCUUUAGAGGGUUUACCAGUUUCUCUUUUUGUUCAUCUGCUGUAAUCAGGAUGCUUAGCCCUGUUCUGCACCACACCAUUUCCACCCUGUUUGUGCUUGGCAGUGCUACAGUAAUGGCAGAGAAUAAGUGCCCUUCUGAGUGUUCCUGCAGCACCUCGCCCCAGCCAUGCCCACCAGGCGUCAGCUGGGUGACCGACCACUGUGGCUGCUGUAAAGUUUGUGCUCGGCAGUUUAAUGAGGACUGCAGUGCCACUGAACCUUGUGAUCACAUCAAGGAGCUACACUGCCAUCUGGGGGCUGGAGGAGACCCUGAGCGAGGACUGUGUCGAGCUGAGGCCCAGGGUUUGCCCUGCGAGUUCAACGGGCAGGUGUACCAACACGGAGAGGACUUCCAGCCCAACUGCCAGCACCAGUGCACUUGUAUGGACAGGGUGGUGGGCUGCAUGCCCCUCUGUCCUCACCAAGUGCCCCUGCCCGACUGGCGCUGCUCGCGGCCCCGGCUUGCCAGGCCAAAGGGCAGCUGCUGUGAGAAAUGGGUGUGUGACGACGACAACCACAUCAGUGAGGAGCCAGACAAGCUGACACACACCUUCCUGUCAGACAGACAACUCCUUCCGAACCACAUCAGUGCCCUGCUGCAGGCCCAGCCACACCCAGCUGCCACCAGAGGGGCCACGUUCAGAGAAAUGGUCUCCAUCCCCAUGUCUGAGGUGUUACUUAAAUCCAGCUGUUUCCCACAAACUACAGAGUGGACUGAGUGUUCCACCACAUGUGGAAUGGGCAUUUCAAGUCGAGUGACCAAUAAUAACCCAGACUGUCGACUGGUCAGAGAAACCAGACUGUGCCAGAUCUGGCAAUGUGGGCUGCAGCUUCCUGUAGCUAGCAAGAAAGGGAAGAAGUGUCAGCGAACUGUCCGCCCCCAGGAACCGGUCAGAAUCACCUUCGCCGGAUGCUCGACAACACAGCAGUACCGCCCUCGUACCUGUGGGGCUUGCACCGACGACCGCUGCUGCACACCCUCCCUCUCCCGCACUGUAUUGCUCCACUUCCACUGCCCUGAUGGAGAGAGCUUCUACAGUAAUAUGAUGUGGAUCCAGCGCUGCAGCUGCAAUACAAGGUGUUGUGUACACAGCAGGCCCUCCAGCCCUUCAGUCACACUUCACAAUGACAUCCACACCUUCAGACACUGAGGCUGACUCGUCAUGCCCAGUCCUGAGCUGGCACCCGGCUCCCAGGAACGCUGCUCAGCCUUGAUUCCAAUUUUUCCCAGUGGCCACUCGCAGUAUUGCAGCAAAAAAUCUCCUGCCACCCAAAACAUAAUUUUCCCCACUGACCACCAUUAUUUGGGAGAAGUCUGGAAAACUGUUGACAGAACACCUCAAACUGCAAACAAGGCCACUUAUGACUCUUUCUAUUAAGAGUUUUUGAUCCAUGAAGGUAUAUAUGUAUAAAAAUUUCCACCAGCCGGGAAGAACUAUUUAAAAGUCUGCGAUUUCAUCACAAUGUAAAGUCUAUGGGCUGAGCAGAAACUGAUGGGCAUGGCCAGCAAAAACACACUACUGCGCAGAUUCAGUGGGCCGCAUACACUGCAAGCUAGAAAUAUUUUUGAUGUAUGCAUGCAGCAAGGCAAUUGGACUGAAUAAGCACCAUCUUGGUAUCCAGAUCCAAUAAUACAUCCAUACCUGGCAUGCUGUACAAAGACUCGGCACCUCUCCCUCCUUGAACCCACCACCUUACUCUCUGUCAGCACGCCCUCCCCCCAAAUAGGCAAUACACUCGCUUGCACUUUAAAUUACAUCAGUUUGUUAAUGCUAGAAGAGUGUUACUUCUCUUGUACCAGGCAGCACUGAGGACAACACACUGCAGUUUGCUGCUGUGUUCAAGCACUGGCAGAGAGCUUUCACUGAAACUCCUUUUAUGUAAUAGUUAUGUUGUGUCCUCUCCACAGAGGGCAAUGUGACAAUUUGUCAUUCACAAAAGAUUUGUUAGAACAGUAAUUGAGAACAUUUAAGAGAAAUGAUGGGAACUAUGACAUGCAUUUUCAACAAUAAGGAAGAAAGAUGACAAAAGACAUAUUCACUAUCAAUGACAAUGAGGGCUAUGUGUUCUUUAUUGCCCGUCCUUUGUGAUACAGCAUUUCCUACACAUGUACUGGUUGUGGCAUUGAUUGUGUGUGUGUGUGUGUGUGUGUGUGUGUGUGUGUGUGUGUGUGUGUGUGUGUGUGUAUGUGUGUGUGUGUGUGUGUGUGUGUGUGU